UUACCAGGGAGUAGUGCUGGCACUACCCUCGAGGCUUUCUUCUGCUGCAGCUUCGCUGGUCCUCUCCUUCCUGAUCUGCCUGCUCGCAUUUUUGUAGUUGACGAUGUUGUGAUUGUUGUUUCUGAUGCUUUUCCGCAGUCCCCCGCACCGUACGAUUCUGCCAUUCACAGCCCCUCGAACACCGCCAGCAUCGCAUGCUGCUCUCUCUUCAGGGCCAUUCCAGGCCAGACCACCUGCUCUGCCACCCCAAAAGCUCACCCAAAAGCACACUCAAACGGUUUGGACAUCAGCCACUGGGCAGUUGCAUCGACAUUUUUCCCAGGCUCUCGUUCUCUGCCUCUCCUGCUCUCUCCUUUUCCCAACUUCCACCUCAGCUUUGUUUCCUGUGCUCUCCUCCACAGAGAAAUUCAACAGCGAUCCCUUGCAAUCUCACCCACAAUUCGAUUGCGUCACCAUCUGGGGCCUCUCCCCUGUAUUAGCUCAUCAGUUGCUUGUAGCCUCUGGGCCAUACUCUCCCUCGUCAUUCCCAUCUUUUUCUCUGCUCUUACAAUUCCUCCCUCUCCUGGCUACUGUACUCGUUGUGCUCCCCGUGAUCAUUGACGAAGUUUGAAUACGGUUCCAUCUCCCGCUAUGUCACUCCUCUCCACUGAUCUGGUACAAGAAUGGCGCGCUUCUCUUCCCAUCCAUGCCUCCAACGUCGUCAGCAGCAGUAUCACCAGCAGCACUGGCAACACUUCGUGCAAUUUCAGACCCAACCUGAGAAGCAGGAGGUUGGGACCUUUGAAGGUGCAAAACGCCCAGAAUAUAUCCACUGCGCAGCCUUUUUCAGGAUCGCACAGUGAUUGUCAAAAAUCUGCGGGGGACAGGCUCAGAUCGAGUGUAAGGUGUAGAAGUACCAACGGUGCACAUGCUAGUCGUGUAAAUAUCAGUAACACCGCUAUCGUAGGACCCGCUUCUGAAGACCUCCAUGAAAGGGCUUCGUUUGCCCAAAGCGUUAUUCCUGUUGUCGAAAAAAUAUUGGGGACUGAUUCACACGAAUCGUCUGAUGAGACUGGGGAAGCAUUUUCAUCUAUCGAAGAAGCUGUGGAGGCCAUCAAAGUUGGCAAGUUUGUGCUGGUCGUGGACGAUGAGAACAGAGAGAAUGAAGGCGACCUCAUUAUGGCAGGAUCACUCGUAACACCGCAAGCAAUGGCAUUCUUGGUGCGGCACAGCACUGGGAUUGUAUGUGUGUCUAUGAAAGGCGAGGAUUUAGACCGACUCGGUCUUCCACUGAUGGUUCCUCAAGAAGAGAAUGGCGAGAAUAUGAGGACUGCGUUCACCUGGACUGUGGAUGCAAAGCAUGGUACGUCAACAGGUGUGUCAGCAGCAGAUAGAUGCCAAACAAUAAAAGCAUUAGCAUCACCAGAUUCGAUACGUGAAGACUUUGUUACACCCGGCCACAUUUUUCCUAUAAAAUAUCGGGAAGGUGGAGUGUUGACUAGGCGGGGACAUACAGAAGCAGCGCUAGAUUUAUCGGAACUAGCUGGGUUACCACCUGCAGGAGUCUUGUGUGAGGUUGUUAAUGACGAUGAUGGCUCAAUGGCUCGCCUCCCUUAUCUGAAGAAGUUUGCAAAAGAGCACGGGAUACCUUUAAUAUCGAUUGACGCACUUGUCAAAUAUAGAGAAGAAUCCAAGAGAAAGACCUUGGUCAGACGGACGGCGCGUGCAAGGCUUCCAACCGAGUACGGGGAGUUUCAGGUGUAUAGUUAUGAGUCGAAUGAUGGGUUGGAACACGCUGCUAUCGUUGAGGGUGACAUAAGCAGUGGGCUUGACGUUUAUGUCAGAAUACACUCAGAAUGUUUGACUGGUGACGUAUUCCGCUCUACGCGUUGUGAUUGCGGUAGCCAGCUGUCUGAUUCUUUGUCGUUCAUAAAGCAAAUGGGCAGAGGUGUUGUGGUUUACAUGCGAGGGCAUGAAGGGCGGGGAAUCGGUCUUGGGCAUAAGAUGAGAGCCUACAACCUGCAAGACGCCGGGGCUGACACUGUGGAGGCAAACCUUCAACUUGGACUUCCCGUUGAUUCACGAGAGUAUGGCAUCAGUGCCCAGAUGCUGCAAGACUUGGGGAUCAAGACCAUUACAUUGCUCAGUAACAAUCCUGCUAAAGUGAAGGCUUUGAAGGAGCUGGGCAUUGGGGUCCAUGAGCGAAGGUCUAUAUUUUCCAGUGUGACGAAAGAGAACCGACGGUAUCUGGAAACCAAGCGCAUCAAGAUGGGACAUAUGUAUACUUCGAGGCUGCCAGCAGUAGGGACAACGGAUAGUGUUGACCUGGAAGAUAUUCUGAGCAGCAAUGACUUAGUUUGAUAUACGUAGCACAAAAUACAUGUAAUUUCUUUAUUUAUUUUUCUUUUUAUUUUUGUUCGAUUAAUCGAGCUUUUGUAGAUUUUACCGUGUCGUAGUUCACCUCAAAAAGAUCUAGGUUCAUUUGAAUUGAAAGAUUGAAUCAGAAUCGGAAAUCAAAGAUCGAAGUCGGGCAAUAUUAGAAUGUG